GAGAUGAAUUGUAAGCAUUCAUGUCUCAUUUUGGUCAAUUCUGAUUUUCUUUUUAAGCCCUAUAAUAGACAUCAAACAAAUCUUUUAAACUGCUAUUUCGUAGUGUUACUUUGUUCUCAUUGCCUUGUAUCCUGAAGCCAAAAUCAUGCAUUCUGCAUCAGCAUGGAUGCGGGAUCUGUCUUGACCCAAAAAUAUGACAGACCUACCCAUUGAAUACAGCUAUGUUGUGUUGAAUCAGAGAGGUAAUAUCAAUCAAUCAAUUAGAUUGUAUUUGUACAGCCCAUAUUCACAAAUCACUAUUUGUCUCAUAGGGCUUUAACAAGGUGUGACAUCCUUUGCCCUUAAGCCUCAAUAAGAGUAAGGAAAAACUUUUAACGGGGUAAAAAGAACGGAUAGAAGUGCAAUAGAUGUUAAGUUUAAUGGAGAACUUCAGCAAUAUAUAUAUCCAAUUUAAAGUGGGACGUUAAAGAAUGUAACACUACACCCAAAUGUGCUUUGACGUGAUUAUAAAGCGGUUAAGAAUUUGUUCUUCAUACCUACAUGUGCUACAUAGCCUCAGUGUGCAUAUCCUUCUGGCAUCAAUGUGUCUCCUUCUCUGCAGAGGUGACAACAGCGAUAAGAAGCUGGCCCAUAGCCUGAGAACACCUUUUACACAUUAUAUCCUUGUCCAGUUCCUUAAACUUUCAACAGGUGGCACUCUCCUCUUUACUGUCUCAAAUGUACCUUCAGUGUCACAGCAGAUUUUUCCUCCUGCAUUGUCUGAGCCUGAAGGCUCAACACACCCUGCGGACACACCCAUCACACCCAAAGUCACUCAGGUCUCUGGCAUGCAGCCUCUCAUCGCACGACUGCAUUCUGUGCAUUUCAACCCACACAUGAAUACAGGACUACACCCAGCAGGUCUCUGAGGACGGAUCAGCUUUUAAAUGAACUCUAAGGUCAUUGUUAAGCUGCGAGUGGCCAUGACUGAAUGCACUUGAAACCAGUUGGAGAUUGGCAAUAAUGAUUAUAGUUUCAUAUUUUUGACUUCAAGACAGAAAAGACCAAAAUGAUUCAGUAUCCGGCUUGGGUGCUAAUUCUCACUAAUUGCUUGAAAGGCAUAAAUUUAAACCAACACUGAAGGAGUCCUCCUGUGUUGCACCCAAACCUCAGAUGUUAGCCUGUGGGGACAGGAAACGGGUUUGGCCAUACAUCCAUCUUCAAGCUCCAUCGACACCAAACUUCCUCUAAUUAGUUUAUCUGUUAAACCCUCAAUCUGAACAACAGGAUACUCGACAGGUUGAGCUGGUCGUAAAGGGUGUUACCAGGGUGUUGGCACGAGUGUGCCUCUACAUAACUUAAGCCUUUUGGGUGGAUGAGAGCAGCACCAUGAAACAUCUAUUAUCAAUUAUCACCCUGAGGAAUUUCCCCGCAACAUUCUUCCUCUGAUGAGAUGUGCAUUUUCUGCCUCUAAAGGCAAAAUGAGUCGGUAACAUCAGACACGUCGGCAUACUGCCAUUAAUCACAGUGAUGGCAUUUCCCCCUUUUACACAAAUCCCACAAAGCCUCCUCAACACAAACAUGACAUGUCCUUCAGACUCCAGGCGAUAUCAUAGGACCACACAGGUGUAUUGUCAGGGGGGGUGGGGGAAGGUGAAGAACAAUCGUGUUUUUCAGAGAAAUCUGAACCCUGAAACUCCUCCGUGUCUGAUUGCUGAUAAGUUGUGUUCAGGAAUGUAGGGGCAGCCGGCCGGGCCACAUACCUGUGACUCCCCCCCCCCCCACACUUUUUCACCGUCACAUUCCGUCCUUUACUGUGGCUCUUUGUAUUCAACUUCUACAAUUUAUGAAUGCAUAAAUUAUCUUUCAAGUGUCACAUUAAUCAGGUGGAAGGUUAUUGUGAAUGUCUUCGUUUCAGACAUAAUGGCCAGUGUGCGUUACCUUGUUCAUCUUUAGGGACAGCUAAUGAGGAGACCAAAGAGCAUCUCUAUGAGACCCUGCUGGCCGAGUGCAGAGACACCAUCCAGGCUGUGAGAGAAGAACUCAAGAGUGAGGCGAAGCAGCGCGAGAGAGGCACUGAUGGCGACAGUGGUAAAGUGUCACACCUGCAGAUCCUGCACAGUUACCUGACCUACAUUAAGCUGUGCACUCUGGUGAAGAGGAAUGAGAGCAUGGCCCACACUCUUCAGGCAAAACUGAAGGAGCCCGAGACUGAUGAGAGCAAGAGGGGCCCCCGUCCUCAGGACCUGAUCCGCCUCUAUGACAUCAUCCUGCAGAGUCUGGCUGAGCUCUCCACCCUGCAGGGUCUGGAGGACGACCACACCUUCCAGAAGGAGGUGUCCCUUAAGACAUUAGUCUACAAGGCUUAUAGGUGUUUCUUCAUAGCCCAGUCUUAUGUGCUGGUGAAGAAGUGGAGUGAGGCGCUGGUGCUGUAUGAGAGGGUGCUGAAAUACGCCAAGGAGGUCCAGUCUAAAGCCAAGAACCUCAACAACAGCCUCAAAGACCUCCCUGAUGUUCAGGAGCUGAUUGCUGAGGUCAAUGCUGAGAAAUACUCCCUUCAAGCUGCUGCCAUUUUAGACACAGAGGAGACUGCUGAAGUUCCUUCUCAGCUGCAGGUGAAAGACAACAGGCCCCUCUGCGAGCGCCUGGAGACCUUCCGCAUUGACACCGCCCUCGUAGGAAAACAUCCCAAUCUGGUCCAGUUCCCCCCUGACUUCCAGCCAAUCCCCUGCAAGCCCCUGUUCUUUGACCUUGCUCUCAACCAUGUGGCCUUCCCACCGCUGGAUGACAAGGUGGAGCAGAAGGGCAAGGGCGGUCUGACCGGCUACAUCAAGGGCAUCUUUGGCUUUGGCAGUUAAAUCAAACCAUCCAGGCUUCGGCCUCCACAUGAGAACCACAAGGCCCAGAGUUUACCACAAACAACCAGAACUGGGUCAGUUGAUGAUUAGAAUAAUUUCUGUAACUUUAAUUUUUUUGAUUUGUGGUGCCUAAGUGCAAGAUAUGUUGAGUUGGCGCCUCUGGGGAAAGCACAGUGGGUCUUAUCUUCGAAGAAACAUGAUAGAAAAGGAUUGAAUCAUUUUCAAAUGGCAAUAUGACCCAAGUCCACCUGUUGCCUCUAUUAAUACCAGGAUGCAUGGGCUUCCAUUACUUUGAGCUGUGUAGCCAUGGUCAUGAUGCCAACAGCGAUGUUGUUAAUCUCGAAAUCUUGUCAGAGUAAACUAAGGUUCUUUGGCAUCACUGGUAAAAAAAAUCAUUCUGUGUUACAUAAGCGCCUUCAUUUAAUUGUCUUUUUUUUCUAUGUGUUUCAGCAUUGUUUCUUAAGUUUGACAAACUGAAACACAACAUAGUUCAGCUGUGUUCCAUCUUUUUCUUUCACCUUUACCAUUGUCCCUCCCCUAACGCGACGCUCACUGCUGACAACUGCAGAAGUUAACUUUUCUGCUACUCCCUUGCUAACUUCUGGCCAUCAUCUCAGCUCCAGGGUUGUAUGUCACCCCGGUCAUGCAAUGUGAGAGCAAUGGCAGGUUGAUUGGCAGGCGUACCUGUCUGUCACCAAUCAUUUCCUUCAGUCCAAAUGAAUGAAAUGAUCGUGCCUAUUACAGUCCUGCGAGGUCAACACAGUGUUUUAGAGACAAAUGACCAACCAGACCUUUUACCACAUUACCUAUGACACUACAGGCCAGUACUUCAACAUGAAAACUACCUGAAGCUGCUGAAAAGCACAGGAAGUAAAAUAUCUUGACAUGUCUGUUGUCCUGUUCUUUGUAAUCUGCUGCUGAAUCAUAUAAAUGGUUUGCAGUUAUGUUACCCCUUUAAACAGAGGACUGAAAUAUGAAAAGAGGUGUGGGAAGAACUGGGAUACAGCUCGAGUUAAGUUUUGGAUGCAUCAACAGGAAGAUGGAGGACGAAGCCAUGAAUCAAAGAGUGAAAUGGUUGUUUUCAAAAAGUAGCUUAGUGAUUCAAUGUUUUAAUUUAUUAAUGUCAGAAGCAGCAUGCUAUGUUUAUGUUGCACUGUGUGACAUGUGGUAUUAAAAGUACCACAAUGUCAGACAAGGGUCCAACAGCUCCAGCUCGCGUCCACGCAGAACUCUCAUUGUUAUCACCCCUCUCAAAUGUUUUAGCCAUGUUUCUUUCCCCCUACAAAACAGUGUCGUGAUGACGAACAUGAUUCAGAACACGAUUGUUCGUUAUACUUGUUUUUAUUUGAUAUUUUUUAUUUACAUAAUAUUACAACAGAAAUGGAUGGUCAGGACACGGUUUUUAGCAGCUCACUACCACCGCGCCUCUUUGUCCGUCAUCAGUAGGACUAAACCAUUAAAGCAACAGUUACAUGUCUCUACUGUAGUGGCAGAAAAUGUUUUGUCAUUGGCUGUUUCUCAGUCAUGAUGUGGCAUCAGAUCAUGUCUGCACGCCAAAGCCCUUCAAUUCCUCUGAUCCUUAGGGGACCUGCUUUUCUGUAGCUAGAGGAUCGUUUCACUCACUCACAUUGUGACAUUGUGUUUUUCUUCCAAAUUUUUAUCAAUGUGUUUCUUUUUCUCUCCUCCCCCUCUCUGUUCUUUGUUAAUGAAUUAAGACUUUGAACAGCCUGGAAAACGAUUAGUUGAUCAAUAAUUCCUAUAAUGAGAAUGUAUGAUCUGAGUCUCCAGUUCUAUCAAUAAAUAUAUUUGCACCAAACAA